AUGCAAAGACAGGUUGAGGACACGGCCGCCACGCUGGCGCCCGUGGACGGGGCCAAAUGCAUCACACGCCGCGACGGAAACUUCCUGUUCACGUCGGAAAGCGUCAACGAAGGGCACCCCGACAAAGUAUGUGACCAGAUAGCGGACGCCAUUCUCGACGCCUGCCUGGAGCAGGACCCGCAGAGCAAGGUCGCCUGCGAGGUAUGCGCCACGCAGCAGCUGGUCAUGGUCUUCGGCGAGAUCACCACCAACGCGGUGGUUGACUACGAGGCGGUCGUACGUAAGGUGCUUGCCAACGUAGGCUACACGUCGAAUGAUGUUGGUUUUGACGCCUCCUCCGUGGAAGUGGUGGUGAAACUAGCCCAGCAGGCGCCAGAGAUCGCAAAUGCGGUACACAUUGGCCGCCCACUGGAGGAGACUGCUGCCGGCGAUCAGGGGAUCAUGUUUGGCUAUGCCUCCGACGAGACCCCUGAGCUCAUGCCGUUGUCACACGCCCUGGCUACGAAGCUUGGAAAGAGGCUCACUAUGGUGCGCAAGUCGAAAAUUGUACCCUACCUCAGGCCGGAUGGGAAGACACAGAUCACCGUGGAGUACCGUGGCGGUACCAACGGACACCUGGAGCCCGUGCGCGUACACACUGUUCUCAUAUCAACGCAGCACGACCCGGCGGUGACGCUGGAGCGCCUUCGCAGCGACCUCAUGGAGCAUGUGGUGAAGCCCACCAUCCCCGCGAAGUUCCUCGACGACGACACCGUAUUCUUGCUAAACCCCUCAGGCACGUGGGCCCAUGGAGGCCCUGCCUGCGACGCCGGGCUCACUGGACGCAAGAUCGUCGUCGACACCUACGGUGGGUGGGGAGCUCACGGCGGCGGCUGCUUCUCCGGCAAGGAUGCGACUAAGGUGGACCGCACCGGCGCCUACUACUGCCGCCUGGUGGCCAAAUCGCUAGUCGCCAACGGCUUCUGCAGGCGAGUGCUAGUGCAGGUCGCAUACUCCAUAGCGCUGUCCAAUCCGUUAUCGCUGCAUAUAAACACUUUUGACACAUGCGCCGACGGAUUCGACGACCGCGACCUCGAGCAGAUAGUCAUGCGCAACUUCGACUUCAGAGUUGGGUGCAUCAUCAAGCAGCUCGACCUCACGCGGCCCAUAUUCUCCAAGACCAGCUGCUACGGACACUUCGGCCGGCACGGAGACGACUACACAUGGGAGCGCUGCAAGGAUCUUUCUCACGAGAAGGUCACGGCGAACCACGUAGAUAAAUAA